AUGACCGUAUGAACAAACAGAUGGACAUCCUCAAACCAACCAACAACCAUACAUGGUAGCAAGUAGGUUUGGAACAGGUGUGGUGGGGUGUUGGGUUUGGGUUGUAAAAUGGGUCAGGGUUAAUGUCAAUGUCCCUGUGUCCCCUUUAGGCCACCGUCCACAGCCAUGAAACUGGGCAUCCAGCAGGCAGAGUGUCUCUAUGAAGACAGGAAGGGAGGGGACACCCACACACCCUGCCUCCCCAUACCAGAGCCCCCAGGGAAGUGUGUGUCUACUCCUGAUGAGCCGAGAGCAUAUGGCCACUCUAGAACAUCCAGCUAUGCCAGCCAACAGUCCAAAGUGUCAGGCUAUAGCUCAGGUCACUCACGCUCCUCCAGCCUAUCAGAGCUCACACACAAGAGGAACCCCUCAGCGGGCUCCGCCUCCACAGGCAUCGGAAGUAUUCCUGAACCCAGCGUGGACCGGGGGGCUGAGAGGGAGGCCCGCUCUACACCUCCUGUCUCUGUCACCUGUUCCUGCUCCCCCGUGCCUGAACACCCCCCCACCCCCGCAAAGAGCUCUGCCUCCUCAGAGAGACUCAGCAGGCAUCCAGUGAAGCAGAGCUCGGUGGAGUGUCAGCUGAAGAGGGUAGACGCCACACGGGUAGACGCUGACGACAUCGUGGAGAAGAUCCUCCAGAGCCAGGACUUCAGCCACGGCCUGCUGGACUCCAGCGCUGAGGAGGAGGGGCUCAGGCUGUUUGUUGGUCCUGGUGGAAGCACAGCGCUGGGAAGCCAACACACCAGGGUUGGCGCGGGGCCCUACGAGCAGGUAGUGAUCAGACGCUAGCCCCCUGGGAGUGGAUGUGGCGCGGGGCCCUACGAGCAGGUGGUGAUCAGACGUUAGCCCCCUGGGAGUGGAUGUGUCUCGUAAGGUGCCAGAACACCACAGAGUCUGACAGAGGGAAAUAGUUGUCUCACCUCUAUGCAGGACAAACAUUUGUUCCAAUGGGAGUCCAGGUCUGAUGUGUGGAACCUGUGUAAGCCUGCUCCCCUAGUGUUGAAGCCAGGAGGUGACCUGAAGUUCAUGAUUACAACUUGUUCAAUAACUUUCAGAAGAAAGAGGAUAUAUUUAUAUACACACAAUGUGUAGUCGGAAAGUAUUGAGAACCCUUGAUUUUUUCCACAUUUUGUUACAGCCUUAUUCUAAAAUGUAUUA